CACUUCUCAGAAAAUGCCACACCUCCUAUUCUCUUUAAUCGAGGAACCCAUCUAUUCAUCUUCCUUCAUGCAGAUCCAACUCCUGCAGACAACCCUUUUUUCCCUCAUUCAAGCUAGAUCUCUGAGCCAAUGCCCUCUCAAGAACCGAUAAAAAAGGACCAUGCUUUUCUCCAUCUAAGGCAUUUUGGUUCAGUUAUCUUUCACUUUACCCUUUUGGGUUUUCUUCUCUUCAACUUCUUUCUCUUCUUCACUUACUCUCAAUCUUGUUCCUGAAAGCUGAAGAAUUCUGGGUAAUUCGGAGUUUGCUGAAACUUGCUUUACUGCCACCAUGUUCAAACAAAUUCUAAGCAAACUCCCGCGAAAGUCAUCAAAAUCUACCUCAUUUGAUUCAACUGGGCUUGAUUCUGGCAACCAAACUUCUAACUCAGGCAAUGGAGUCCAGUGUACAAAUGUUGGGAACAGUCUUUCAAGUCGAUUAAGUGUUGUUAAACGGGUUUCAUCAGCUGUUUUUCCUGCCAGCAUUAUGGGUGGAGUGGAAGCAGUGGAACCCCAUUUAUCCUUCAAAGAUGUUUCAAAUCUGCAAAAGCAGGGCCUGUUUGUCAGUAAAUUGAAUCUUUGCUGUGAGGUUUCUGAUUUCUGUGAUCCAGCUAAAGAUGUUGCUGAGCAAGAUCUUAAACGCCAAACAUUGAUAGAACUUGUUGAUUUUGUUUCUUCUGGAUGUGCAAAGUUCAAUGAACAAUCAAUGUCUGCAAUGUGUAAAAUGUGUGCAAUCAACCUGUUCAGAGUUUUCCCACCAAAGUAUCGGUCCAAUGGCACCAUUGGUGAAGCAGACGAUGAAGAACCAAUGUUUGACCCUGCUUGGUCAAAUUUGCAAAUUGUGUAUGAUCUACUUGUUCGGUUUAUCAGUUAUAGCUCCCUUGAUGCGAAAGUGGCAAAAAAGUAUGUGGAUCACUCUUUUAUUUUGAGAUUAUUGGACCUCUUUGAUUCUGAGGACCCACGAGAAAGGGACUGUUUGAAAACAAUUCUGCAUAGGAUUUAUGGGAAAUUCAUGGUACACCGGCCUUUUAUCCGGAAAGCUGUUACAAAUAUUAUCUAUCGGUUUGUCUUUGAAACUGAAAAACAUAAUGGCAUUGCGGAGCUGUUGGAGAUUUUUGGCAGUAUUAUUAGUGGGUUUGCUUUGCCAUUGAAGGAGGAGCACAAGAUGUUUUUGUGGAGAGCCCUUAUUCCUCUGCACAAACCAAAAUCAUUGGGUGUUUAUCAUCAACAAUUGACAUAUUGUGUUGUGCAGUUUAUAGAUAAGGAUCCAAAAUUGGCUAAUAAUGUGAUUAAGGGACUCUUGAAGUACUGGCCGGUAACUAAUAGCCAGAAGGAGUUGAUGUUCAUAAGUGAGCUAGAAGAGAUUUUGGAGAUGAUAAACAUGGCCGAGUUCCAAAAGAUAAUGGUCCCUUUGUUUCGGCGAAUAGGAUAUUGCCUCAAUAGCUCACAUUACCAGGUAGCAGAACGAGCCCAUUUGCUGUGGAACAAUGAGCACAUCCUUCAACUUAUCACACAGAAUAAACAGGUGAUUUUGCCUCUUAUCUUCUCAGCCCUCGAACGGAACACGCAGACUCAUUGGAACCAAGCAGUUCUCAACCUGACACAAAACAUUAGAAAGAUGCUUUGUGAGAUGGAUGAGGAGCUUGUGGUUGCCUGCCAGCAGAAGUUGGAGGAGGAAAAGUCCUUGUUGAUUGAGGCAGAAGAAAGGCGUAAAUUGAGAUGGGAACGACUGGAAUCUGCUGCUCGGUCCCAAUCAAUGGCAGGUAAUGCUAGUAUCAUGCCUCCAUUAGAACUACCCACGUGCCCAGUUGCCUGUUGAUUGCAUAACAGUGGUUAGAAAAGAAAAAGAAGCAUGGAUUGCAGCGUUCAAAAUGGUUUCCUAAUCUAGCCAUGUUUGUGAUGCAGUAGGGUCUGUAUCUAUAGCUAAAAUUGUCUGUAUUGUAGUAUUGAUGAUCAUGUUACUGCCUUGAAGAUUUUACUCAACACUAGGUCGUUGGGUUGGUUACCAGAGCCCAUAUGCUUUGAAUUAUAUAUAUAUACCUCUUGUAUUUUCAUCCAAGGGUUAUUCUUUCCUCCCUUUAUCAUUUCUUUACAUUCUUAUGGUAUAUACAUUCUGCACUUGAUAUGAGCAAUGGCUGCAAUGCAACCUUUUAUUUUGGAACAAAAUGCCUUUUUUUUC